AUGACUCCUACGUUCAAUCCAAAUUUCCAAAAUGAUAUAACUUUAGUUAAAAAGUAUGGUUUGAAAAAAACUGAUUCUUUUAAGAAAGGUGAUAUAAUAAUGUUCAAAUCUCCUACAGAUCCAGAAAAAUUAUUGACGAAGAGAGUAUUGGGGUUGCAAGGUGAUACCAUCAAAUGUUUAGACAGAUAUCCGAAACAAACUACCAUAAUACCCCGAAAUCAUUUAUGGGUUGAGGGAGAUAAUGAGUUCCAUUCCAUAGAUUCUAAUAAUUUUGGUCCUAUAAGUCAAGCCUUAGUUAUAGGGAAAGUUGUUGGAGUCAUAUGGCCAUUAAAUAGAAUAGGCACCAAUCUUUCUGGUGGAAGAGACGCAGUAAUGAAUUAA